AUGAAAAGGACUGUGGUGCGCCAUAAUGCAAUACCAGACGAGCUUCUACACAAUGAGUCGCUGAAUGCUGCCAUUGCAAAGCUGCCGUCGAACUACAACUUUGAAAUCCACAAGACCAUUCACAGAAUCAAUCAAGUGGGAGCGAAGACCGUAUGUCUCCAAUUCCCUGAGGGACUUGCAGUCUACGCUUGUGCAAUUGCCGAUAUUAUCAGACAUUUCGCACAUGUAAAGGUGAUUGUGAUGGGAGAUGUCUCGUAUGGCGCUUGCUGUGUGGAUGAUUACUCUGCGAAGCGAUUAGGGGCCGAUUUUAUGGUGCACUACGGCCACUCCUGUUUGAUACCCAUUCAAGUGACUCAAAUUCCUGUUUUAUACAUCUUUGUCGAAUUGAAGAUCAACGUGGACCAUUUGGUGAAAUCGAUCCUCGCCAACGUUCCAGAUGAUCAGCGAAUCGCUCUUUUAGGCACAAUUCAGUUUUCCCAAGCCAUUCAUCAAGCUGCUGCUGCCUUAAAGCCGCAUUACCCUGAGGUCAUUAUUCCUCAGGAAAAGCCGCUUUCUCGCGGUGAGGUUCUCGGGUGUACAUCGCCCUUCAUGCCGACCACCGACUGCAUGAUCUUCAUUGCAGACGGCCGGUUCCACGUUGAAAGCGCAAUGAUCACGAACCCGAACGUGCGAGCGCUUCGUUACAACCCCUACACACUCGAAAUGACGGAGGAGGAAUACGAUCUCACCAAAAUGACGCGGCUGCGAUCGGCCGAGGUGGAGAAAGCUCGGUCCUGCAAGCAUUGGGGGAUCAUUCUAGGCACGCUGGGUCGGCAGGGGAAUAUUAAGCUGCUGGAGCGAUUGCAGACACUGUUGAAGCAGCGAAACAUCGAAUAUGAUGUGGUGCUGCUCUCCGAGAUCUCGAAUGCGACUCUAACGCGGAUGACACACAUCGAUUGCUGGGUACAGCUGGCUUGCACGCGGCUCUCGAUCGACUGGGGGACGGAAUAUGAGAAGCCGCUGCUGACGUGCUAUGAAGGCAUGGUGGCUUUGGGAGAGGUGGAGUGGAAAGAGCAGUACCCGAUGGAUUGGUACAGCGCAAAUGGAGGAAUCUGGGCAAAUGGAACUCGGAGUUGGAGUGUUUGUUUUAGUAGAGGAAUGAAGUGGAGGGGUAUAUAA